AUGUUUGCACAGACAAGGACAAUGAGACUUCACAUAAUAUAUAAAGACACUGAUGCUGUUAGUGGCAGUGGUGGCCUCUCAAGGCAGCCUGGUUUGGGCCGUGCUGCAAGGAGACAGUUAGCAGCAAUUCUCGAUGAGUUCUGGGGGCGUUUUUUUGAUUAUCAUGGCAAGCCGACACAAGAAGGUGAUGCUGAAAGGAUCCACCUUUUGCUUGGACUGGACUUGAUAAGAGAAGGUUCAGCUGGGAGAAUGGAUAACCAGAACACUCGAGCUUCCAAGAACCCCUUAAUGAGAGAUGCAGUGCCUGGAUCAGGCAUCUCAUGGGACCCAGUGUCCUGCAAUAGGGAAAUCUCUAAUCCAGACCUGUCUUUUGGGCUUCAGAUGGGUGCCAUCGGGUCAUCAGCCGGGUCACAGAGCAUGCAUUUACCAAAAACAAACACCCCGAGUUCAAGCAGUGCCUUUCUUGACCAAAAUGCAAAAGAAAUCACGAAUUAUGAUGGGGCACCUUACUGUGAUAACCAGUUCUGUCAGCCUGCCACCAUUCAUGGUGGGUAUCAGCUAGCAAACUAUCUAAAAGGGAUAGAUGCAAGUCGGCAUUCACGUUCCAGCAUUCCACUGGACGCACGGCGACUUCCUAUAUCUUCUGAAUCUGAUGGUUCCAACUAUGCUGGCUCUGCUAUUCGUGCUUAUAGCCCGAACGUGCUUGGUUCAUUUGGUUCUACCACUUUGCAGAACCCGACAAUGAGCGGCUUAAGUACAAUGAUGGUAGGAAGAUCCUAUUAUGAUCCUACUACCAUUCUUGGGGGUGAAAGUGGUGGCUCAUCUGCUUACCCAAAGAAGUACCACAGCUCACCCGAUGUAUCUGCUGUAAUUGCUGCAAGCAGGAAUUCAUUGUUGAACAAAGCAAAUAUGGGCAGCGCUGCUGGAAAUCAGCCAUAUCUUAGUAGGCUGGCAUGUGAAAGAUCACAUAAUGUGGGCACAGCGAACAUGUCCCAGAGCUCUGUGCAGUCGAGUAUGAACACCAAACCAGCAUCACUUUGGUCCCGGCAACCAUUCGAACAGCUCUUUGGCGUGCCGAGCGCAGAGUUGAAUAAUAGGAGCCCGGUGAACACCGAGCGGAGAUCAAAUGGCACCAAGGAUGAUUUCUCAUACAAGGAAUCUGAAGCAAAGCUUCUCCAGUCUCUCAGAUUUUGCAUCAUGAAGCUCUUAAAGCUGGAAGGGUCGAGAUGGCUUUUUAGGCAGAAUGGUGGCUGUGAUGAAAAUCUAAUUGACCAAGUUGCCGCAGCUGAGAGAGUUUCACAAGAAACUGCUGAUGGCAUGGACGCUAAUUGCACGCACGGACGGCUCGGUUGUGGUGUUGAAUGUGUUUGGCAGGCUUCCCUGGUUGUUAGCUUUGGUGUCUGGUGUAUCCGUCGGGUGCUAGACCUGUCGCUUGCGGAAAGUAGGCCAGAACUUUGGGGCAAGUAUACUUAUGUUCUCAACCGUCUUCAGGGGAUCCUUGAUCCUGCAUUUUGCAAGCCUCGGAAACCCGUCACCGGGUGCCCAUGCCUCGAGAAAGCACGUCUAGUCGGCAAGCCCAUGUCCAGUAACUUCACCGCCGCAGCUGACAUCUUGCUGUUGAUCAAAGAUGUUGAGCAAGCAGUUUCUGGCCGGAGGGGUCGAAGCGGCACGGUGGCGGGAGAUCGAACAUGGCCUAAAGGGAAGGAAAACCUUGCUUCUGUGCUCAAGCGAUACAAGCGCAGGCUCUCGAGCAACAAGCCGCCUGCCGGAUCAUAG